UCUGAGUCAACUGACCACCCUGGCUGCUAUGACAAGCCCUGCGCUGCUGACUUCAGUGAUGGGGGGUCAGAGUCUUUCCAGCCCUCUCCCCACUCCCCCUCCCAGCAGUGAGAGUGGGUCCUCCGGGGAGAUGUCCGACAAGUACCCCAACAAGAAUGGAGUCUUCCAGUGCAAAUACUGUGACCUUGUGUUCACAAAUUACAGAACUAUGAAAGGUCACACUCGUACCCAUCUGGGGCUAUCGCCAUACAAGUGUAACCUAUGUAGCUACUCCAGUGCUGACAAGAGCACGCUGAUUCGACAUCUCCGCACUCAUAAUGGAGAACGACCAUUUCAGUGCCGAAUUUGUGACUUUGCCUUCACCACUAAAGCCAACUGUGAACGACACGUCAGAAAGAAGCAUGGCAAAUAUGAAAAAGAGGAAAUAGAUGCAGCCAUAGGAUACAACAAAUAUGUGGCUGAAUCUUCCAGCACCACAGAGAAUUUCCAGUCUCCGGACACUGUGUGUAAAUACUGCGGCGAAGACUUCAAGUUUUUCCGUGCCCUGAAGCACCAUCUCCGCUCCCACAGCAGUUGCCCCCAGAAGCCCUUCCUUUGUAUGCGCUGCGACAUAGGGUUCUCCACCAAAGCUAACUGUGUCCGACAUCUCCAGAAGCAGCACCCUGAGGUGUCUCAAUACCAGAUAGAGCAGUUCAUCCAUGUCAAUGAACCCUCCCUCCUAGAGGAUGGGGAGAAGUCGUUUGGGGAGGGAAUGUCUGAUGACAGUCAGACAGCAGAUACCAUGGACUCUUCAAAUGGCCUCCCUCCUCUAGCCCACUUCAGCACAAAGUCACUCCUGUCGACCGAGAGUCGUACCCAAUCACCUGUGAAGAUGGAACCUGUGACAAUUAAGCAGGAGCCAAUGGACAUGGACGAUGAUUUGCCGCUGGAUUUUAGCGUCAACAAGAGUUCUGCAUCAACACCUGACAUCAAACCCAAGGUGGAUGAACUGCCCAUCGACUUGUCUGUGAAAGCAAAGGAGACCAGUGAUUCUCCGAGACCAAAUUCUCGCUCCAUCGUCUACGAUACAAACGUCUACCAGUGUCAGUUCUGUCCCUUGGGCAUCUCCAGUCAGCGCAUGCUGGAGCGCCAUCUAGUGCAGGACCAUCGACACUUGUUGGAGAGGAUGGAGAAACAAGCUCACAAGGAGGCUGUGUCCCUGGAAUCCCCCACAACCAAACCCUCGAGCAGUGAGGACAGGAUUAAGAUCCUGAUGCGUCUUCCUAAAACCAGCACCAAUGCCAGAAGUCUGAAGGUUGGAAUGACCAAAUCAGACUCCAAAUUGACCCAAGUUGUAGACUCUGCCUCUGAUCUUGCCUCUGUAAAAAAGAUAUUGGAUGCCGCUAUUCAACCCUUCCGAUCUUUUCCCAUUGAUAAUUCGAACUUGUCCGGUAAAUCUGAGGACGACUCUAUGGAUUACUCAAUGGAGGAGGACCGUAGGACCAAAGAUCUAGAGGAACCUCCAGUCCUCAGUCCUCGCAGCAAAGGGGACACCUCUAGCAGCCUGAUGGAGCAAGACAUGCCAGAAAUUGCAGAGAGUCCAGAGCAGUUCGCAAAAACAUUUGCUCAAAAGAUCCCCAAAACUGUAUCAGAACCAGCAGACAAGCUCCUAGUGAAGAAGAAGAGAAACUCUUAUGCUGAUUCUCCUCACAAGCUUCAGUGUCCAUACUGCACCAGAACCUUCCCCUGGGUCAGCUCCUUGACCCGUCAUCUCCUGACCCACACGGGACAGAAACCAUUCAAAUGUCCCCGAUGUCCAGUCACUUUCUCCACCAAGUCAAACCGUGAGCGCCAUCUCAUCAGGAAGCAUGGUGUCAACAUGAUGGACCCACUGUCUCGACAAACCAUGGACCGCCCAUACAAGUGUCAUCUGUGUGUCUUCAGCUCCUUCUCAACUCAAGGUAACUUGUUGAAGCAUUACAAAGAGAGACAUGUGGGUUGUGAGCUUCCUGACACCCUGGCUGACCUAGACAGAGCGGUAACUAAAGGACUCAGCACCACCAUCCCCCCUCACGAACGAGGCAUGUACAGUGUGGAAAGUUACAACAGGGACAAUCAGCUCAACAAGCAAGAUGAACAGUGCUUGCUCAGCACAUCAAAGAGUCCCGACACUCCCACGGCCAUUACUACCUUCAUUGUACCAGACGACCUAAAAUCAGACGAUGAUGACGACGAUGAUGACAUCAUUCCUUUGAGCAUUGACAAUUCCAUGGAAGAGUCUUCCCCAAAGACCCCAUCAUCCGUCAUUGAAUUUACAGGCUCGGGAGAACGCCAGAUCAACCCCGAGCGAGACAACUACAAUGUGGACAAGAUCACCAGCUGCUGGAAAUGCAGUGAGAAGUUUGUCUCUCGUAAGUUGCUGGUCCGCCACCUGAAGGAGCACAACAUUGAUCUUCCAUUUAAAUGCUACCUGUGCGAUGCCUCCUACGAGACCCGCAAGUCGUGUCUGGAUCAUCAGGAGACUGCCCAUUCCUCCGACUGGAAGAUCCUGAAGGAGAAGAAUAAGGUGGACAAUGUGGACAUAUUUGCCAAACACAUGGAUAAGGUUGUGGAGAACAACUGUAACAAGGUGGAUCAAGGGGCAGUUCUGGAGAUUCCAGGACAAAAUGCUGACGACCCCAAAAUGGAGGUAGUAUCAGCUGAUUACAUGCAGCGCAAGGUGUACUGUUCACUCUGUCCCAAGCGGUUCUGGUCUCUGCAAGAUCUAAGGCGCCACAUGAGGUCCCACACUGGAGAGAGACCCUUUGAAUGCGACAUUUGCCACAAGCGCUUUACUCUUAAACACAGCAUGAUGAGACAUCGCAAGAAGCACAUGGACUCUGGUUCUCUCAGUCCCAGCGACGAUGAAGAUAACAAUAACAACCAGGACGAGCCUGGAGUGAGCAAACUGGUGACUCAUCACAGACCAAUAUUACCCAGAAUGCCCACCGCAAUCCCGGUAAUCCCUGUGACUGUCAUGACGGAUUCUUCCAAUGCUACAGAGAGUCGUCCACAGUUCAUCACCGUCACCUCCACUCCAAUAGCACCACCCUCCAAAGCCAGCACUACUAUCACCAUGGAACAAGACACCAAGGACAACAGUGCUGAUAUCCUCCACAACCUGCUGGGGGUCGAUGUUGGUUCCAUUGACCAGAUGCUGGAUUCUGCAGACAGUGCCGCCAAGUUACUGGGCAUGUAAAGCCCUCCGGGGAUGAAAGCGUAUAGCACAAAUGAAAAAAUUUGUUUGGAGAUGUACAAAUGAUACAUUUUUGAGAUUGCAGAAUGUUGCUGCCUGUUUUCAAUUGUCUCUUUUAUGAAAUGCAUGGGUUUUUUUAUUUUCUCUACCAUGUUGAUGCUAAAUGUGUACAAAUAAUUUUUUUCUUUAAAAUGAUUUAUAUAUUCUUGACUUUCUGUAUGUUAUUCAAAUUGGAGGCAUCCUUUGUGUGAAAUUUGGGAUAAAUGAUUUUGAUAUAUACAUGUAGAUCAGUUUCUGUAGUUUGAUGACAUGUUGAGUGAUGUGUAGUAUGUGCUGAUACAUUUCCAUUCAGAUUUAAAUUCUAGCACCCACUACAAGCAAUUUCAGGGAUAACUUAUGAAACAUUCCACAAACGUUUUGCGUUACUGAUUUUUUGUGUUCAUUUCACGGAAGUUAAAUACAAAUGAAGAGACUGAAUUCACAUGAAAUGAUUCCAAUUGUAUAUAUGUCAUGUUGUGAAUGCUAAACUGUAUGUAGUUGGGGAAGGGAGAGGGCAUGGAGCCUAUUGGAUAAUUUGUAAAUACAUUUCUACAUUCCAUUUUCGUGUACAGAGUGGCGUGUACCUGUAUAUAUGUGUACCUGUAUAUAUGAUUACUUACUGUUUUUAUACCAAUGUUCUGUGAGGAAUGAUUUUGUCUCGUUUGAUGAAUUGACAAUCCACUCUUUGUUUGGAGAACUUUAUCAGAUGCACCCCACCGCACGUGUUUCUGCACGGUUUUUGUGAAUUUUGAAGACAGUGCAAAAUUAACACCCUAGUCUCUUGUCAGAUCUGUUAUUUUAGUCAAAAUAUAUUUAUUUAUUAAUUUGUUACAAUUUUUUGCUAUGUUUUUAUUGUGUAUAUUAUUUGUACAAGUGUUGAAGUGACAAUUUUCUGAUCGUUGUUGGAAUUACACAUUCCCUUUCCAUAAACAAAUGUUUUUUUACUGUAUCUCAUUCCAACUAAUUACCUUUUGUAAUUUUGUAAGUUUCUUGCAGUCAAGUGUUUUCAGAUUUAUUUUUGAUUUUAAAACUUGUUUACGGCAUUGUGAUAGCUUGGUGUAGGGAAAUUUGCCGUUUAUAUUCUUUAGAGUUUUUGUGUUAGAGUCGUAGACCAAAUAGUGUUGGAAAUGGCUUAUGGGAUUAGUCUCAAAUCACAAUGUUUAAAAUCAAACCCAGUUAUGUUGGGUAACUGUCUCUUUUAUCAUUCAGAGUGUGCUCUUUUUUUUUUUUUAAUCAAACUUUGGAAAACAGGGAUUAUGACAAUUCACCAUGAAGAAAUGUCACAAACAUUUUUAGAAAUUUUGUGUGUGUGUUUUAAUUGCUGGAGUAACUCAGCAUUUAUAUACAAAGAAUUUCAUUAAACUAAAUAUGUAGACAAA